GCCGUGGGCGGGCCCCGAGCCGGAAUUGGGGGUGAAGCGAUAGCGUUUUGCCUGCAUUCGGGGCGCGCGGAGCUGGGGGGUCCCUGUGGGGCGCCCGGAGUUAAGAUGGCGUCCUCAGCGGAGGGGGACGAGGGGACUGUGGUGGCGCUGGCGGGGGUUCUGCAGUCGGGUUUCCAGGAGCUGAGCCUUAACAAGUUGGCGACGUCCCUGGGCGCGUCAGAACAGGCGCUGCGGCUGAUCAUCUCCAUCUUCCUGGGUUACCCCUUUGCUUUGUUUUAUCGGCAUUACCUUUUCUACAAGGAGAGCUACCUCAUCCACCUCUACCAUACCUUUACAGGCCUCUCAAUUGCUUAUUUUAACUUCGGAAACCAGCUCUACCACUCCCUGCUAUGUAUUGUGCUUCAGUUCCUCAUCCUUCGACUAAUGGGCCGUACGAUCACUGCCGUCCUCACUACCUUUUGCUUCCAGAUGGCUUACCUUCUGGCUGGAUAUUAUUACACAGCCACCGGCAACUAUGAUAUCAAGUGGACAAUGCCACAUUGUGUUCUGACUUUGAAGCUGAUUGGUUUGGCUGUUGACUACUUUGACGGAGGGAAAGAUCAGAAUUCCUUGUCCUCUGAGCAACAGAAAUAUGCCAUACGGGGUGUUCCUUCCCUGCUGGAAGUUGCUGGUUUCUCCUACUUCUAUGGGGCCUUCUUGGUAGGGCCCCAAUUCUCAAUGAAUCACUACAUGAAGCUGGUGCAGGGAGAGCUGACUGACAUACCAGGAAAGAUACCAAACAGCACCAUUCCUGCUCUCAAGCGCCUGAGUCUGGGCCUUUUCUACCUAGUGGGCUACACACUGCUCAGCCCCCACAUCACAGAAGACUAUCUCCUCACUGAAGACUAUGACAACCACCCCUUCUGGUUCCGCUGCAUGUACAUGCUGAUCUGGGGCAAGUUUGUCCUGUACAAAUACGUCACCUGUUGGCUGGUCACAGAAGGAGUAUGCAUUUUGACGGGCCUGGGCUUCAAUGGCUUUGAAGAAAAGGGCAAGGCAAAGUGGGAUGCCUGUGCCAACAUGAAGGUGUGGCUCUUUGAAACAAACCCCCGCUUCACUGGCACCAUUGCCUCAUUCAACAUCAACACCAACGCCUGGGUGGCCCGCUACUUCUUCAAACGACUCAAGUUCCUUGGAAAUAAAGAACUCUCUCAGGGUCUCUCGUUGCUAUUCCUGGCCCUCUGGCAUGGCCUGCACUCAGGAUACCUGGUCUGCUUCCAGAUGGAAUUCCUCAUUGUUAUUGUGGAAAGACAGGCUGCCAGGCUCAUUCAACAGAGCCCCACCCUGAGCAACCUGGCCGCCAUUACUGCCCUCCAGCCCUUCUACUAUUUGGUGCAACAGACCAUCCACUGGCUCUUCAUGGGUUACUCCAUGACUGCCUUCUGCCUCUUCACGUGGGAUAAAUGGCUUAAGGUGUAUAAAUCCGUCUAUUUCCUUGGCCACGUCUUCUUCUUGAGCCUACUAUUCAUAUUGCCUUAUGUUCACAAAGCAAUGGUGCCAAGGAAAGAGAAGUUAAAGAAGAUGGAAUGAUCCAUCUCCCUGGUGGCCUAUGCAGGACUGGUGCAGAAACUACUUAUCUCCCUUUUCAUAGCACUCCUUUGCCCCAGAGCACAGAGAAUGGAAAAGCCAGGGAGGUGGAAGAUCGAUGCUUCCAGUUGUGCCUCUGCUGCCAGCCAAGUCUUCAUUUGGGACCAAAGGGGAAGCUUUUUUUUUGAAGAAGGAGUCUUGCUCUGUCACCCACGCUGGAAUGCAGUGGCGCGAUCUCAGCUCAC